GCACAUUGCAACCUACAGCAGUGGCAGUGGUUGACAAUCUAGGGCCUAGCACAAAUAGUCACCAUAAUGUCUGACAAACACACAUGGUUUGAAGGAAUCCCUUUGUUAACUGAACUUAUUUCACCUGAGUUCCUGAGUGAAGAGUGGAAGAAGUUUGUGUUCAAGGAAGAUGAUGUACUGUUACUGACUUACCCCAAGUCAGGGACACACUGGAUGAAAGAAAUUCUUGGCCUUAUUUAUGAAAAGGGAGAUCCCAAGUGGAACCAUUCUUUGCCCAUCUGGGAACGUUCACCCUGGCUAGAGUUUAAGCGAGGAUAUAGACUGCUAAAGGACAACAAUGGCCCGCAUUUCAUCUCCACCCACCUCCCGAUCCAGCUCCUCCCCAAGUCUCUCUUUACUUCCAAAGCCAAGGUGAUUUAUGUCAUCAGAAACCCCAGAGACGUGCUUGUAUCUGGUUAUUUUUUCACCAGCAUUAUGCCUGUUUGUAAGCAGCCGGAAUCAUUUGAACAGUAUUUCCAGUGGUUCCUGCAAGGAAAUGUCAUGUAUGGGUCCUGGUUUGAGCACACUCUGGGCUGGAUGACCAUGAGAGGGAAGGAGAACUACCUGAUGCUGAGUUAUGAAGAGCUGAAGAGGGACACAAGAAGCACGGUUGAGAAGAUCUGCUGGUUCCUGGGCAAGAAAUUGGAACGUGCAGAAAUGAACUCCCUCCUCAAGCACAGCUCCUUUGAGGUUAUGAAAGAUAACUUGCGGUCCAAUUACACCCACGCUGCCACUUCUCUCGCUGCCACUUUGAUGCGUGACUCAUUAAUGCGAAAAGGUAUUUCCGGGGACUGGAAAAAUCAUUUCACGGUGGCCCAGGCAGAAGCCUUUGACAGAGUAUUCCAGGAGAAGAUGGCAGGUCUCUCUCCAGAGCUGUUCCUGUGGGAGUAACAUUCUAAAGUUCCUGGGUCUCA